AUGGCCGGCAUAUCAAAAUCGCUUCGAAAAAGCGUGAGCUUCUUGCCAAGUACAGGAAGAAGAAUCCCAAAAAAAUGGUAGUUCGAGAUCAGGAAAACAACUGGUUAAGGAUGAGAAUGCUCCACAGACACCACAGAAGAAGAAGGAACCGAAGCCUAAAAAGCCCAAGUUGACAAAGGCUGAAAGAUCAGCUAGAGCAAGUAUGGCAGUGGCAGUAAGAGAAGCAAAACGAAAAGCUACACAUGAGGUAGGUAUGUUGUUUUAGGUUUAAUUUUUGAAAUUUAGGCAGAAAUGAAGGAGAAGAACUAUGUUGAAGGUACAAAAUCUGUUCGUGAUACUGUUGCUUCCAACAAAAAUUUAUCUCCAGAUCGUUCGUCUUCAGAUAGAGACGAAAACGUGGAAAUGAACCAGUUGUUACAAUUUGUAAUGGAACAUAACGUAAAUGUGUUGCUUCACGACGAAAUGAUUGGUCAAUUGAAAGGUUAG